GCUUUUUCCUGGAUGCAUCCAAUGUUUGGAGUUUUUUCAUAUAUACCGCCUAUGGACGUGGAUCUUCAUACGCGCGUAUCUUGUAUCUUCAACAAGUGAUCGCGGAUUGUAACGCACAUCUCAGAUACAUUCAGUUCAUAAUUCAGUGCGAGAGUGAUACCAGUUGCGGAUGGUCUUCUCUAGUGUUUCGAUGCGUACUAGAUAAAUUUGAGGUAUUUGUUUUGAGUACGCUGAAACCGGUCGUAAAUAUCGCAAAAAGUUUCCCUUCUUUGGGUUCAACAGGUUGUCGGGGUUUUCGGUGUUGGAAGCUAAUUGACAAUAGUGUAGAAAGCGGAGUUUUGGUAUGACCCGGUGAUACUAUACCAUUUCCGUUUCGUGAUUAAAGGUAUUCGUGAAUCAAGUGCAACAGGCAUGGAUUAGAAGUGGAACAAAUUCUGAAAAAUCCAACUAAUUUAUUUUCCCACUGUUUCCUGUGCAAAAUAAGUGCUAGUGAAAGGUUCAUAAUAAAGUGUUGAUUGAAUUGAUUGUAUCUGGAGCCGACUCCGAAAUUGAAGAGCAAUCGAAAGCAUUCCCAAAUUAUGGUUUGAAGACGUGCAGUGAUUAUAUAAAACCACCUUAUCAAGUGAUAAAUUAUAUACCACUCUCGCGGUAAGUGAAAUUUCAAACUCAAGUGGAUAGGGUCGGUACUCCUCCGAAAUUUUCAGCAAUCCGCAUUCGGAAUACCAUUCAUUGUUAGAGAUACUUUUGAAGACCAUUGUGCCGAAAAAAACCCCGAGGAAUUACAAUCGCCUAUUGUUCCCGUAUGAAUGAAUGGCCAACGGCUGGGAAAAAAACUUUGUAUCUUUGAAGUAAUGUCGUCAAUUAAAACGUGCGUGUAAUCAAAUAACCGACAAUUAUUCACGGAAAUGUCGGUACACAUUGAAUCAACACUGAUACGAAACAAUCUAUUGGAUUAUGGCGAAAGAAUGGGAACACUGAAAACUGCAUUUUUAUCGCCUGUUGAACCGUCUUCGAAGGGGUUACUCAACGCACCUGGACAAAAUAAUUGUUUCCUAAAUUGUGCCGUGCAGGUAUUAUGGCACCUGGACGCUUUUCGAAGAUCUUUUCGACAACUGAGCAACCAUGUUUGCAGCGGACAAGACUGUAUCUUUUGUGCACUGAAGGAACUAUUUCAGCAGCUCCAAACCAGUUCAGAGCCAGCAUUAUGUCCUGAACCAUUGCGGCGAGCGUUAGCUAGCGGUCCGUUAGCUGGUCGACGAUUUCCUCUUGGGUGCCUAGGUGACGCUGCAGAAUGCUUUGAACUUCUUCUGCACAGGGUCCAUUCGCAUCUUUCAUCAGACGAUGGAGAUUCCUGUGAGACAGCAACGUGUGUUGCUCAUCGACGUUUCGCAAUGCGUGUCAUUGAACAAAGCGUCUGUAAAUGUGGUGCCAAUUCUGAACAACUGCCAUUCACUCAGAUGGUCCACUACGUCUCAGCAUCAGCCCUGACAUCUCAAAAUAAUUUGGCCAUCCAAAAUCAUCAACAAUUGAGUUUUGGACAACUUUUACGAUCGGCUGGAAACAUGGGCGACAUUCGUGAUUGUCCCAACUCUUGUGGAGCAAAAAUAGGGAUCUGUCGAGCACUUCUCAACCGUCCAGAUGUGGUGUCUAUUGGUAUAGUCUGGGAUUCAGAACGUCCAGCAGCCGAACAGGUUCAUGCAGUUCUCAAAGCUGUUGGAACAUCUCUAAAACUCUGCGACGUCUUCCAUCAAGUUUCUGAUCAAAGAUGGGCUCAAACUGUAGAACACGAACUAGUUGGAGUAGUAUCGUAUUACGGGAAACAUUACACCACUUUCUUCUUCCAUACUAAAUUGAAAGUAUGGGUUUAUUUCGAUGAUGCCAACGUUAAAGAGGUUGGCCCAAACUGGGAAGGAGUAGUCGAAAAAUGCAGCCGUGGUCGAUAUCAACCAUUGCUCCUUUUGUAUGCAGUCCCGCAACCUCCAGCUGGUGGUGGUGUCCAAACGCAGCACAUUCAAGAAACUGUAACUGAAACAAUUCCUCCUGUCCGGCGUGCAGUGACUCCGAGCCCGGAAAAACCUCCAAUUGGAUCGACGAGAAGGGCCAUAACUCCCACUCCUAUUCGGGGUCCUUGCGAUUAUCAAAAUCUUAGUGUUAUUCAGAGUAAAAUAUUUCCAGCCAAUGGCGAUCAAGCGAACUAUAUUCGACGAAAAACUGUUGAGAAUAUCAUCAACGCUCAGUAUCAAAACCUGAGUACAAUCCAGGAUAAGAUCUUCUACAAUGGGGAGGGAAAUGAUGAGAAAGAUGGUGCUUUGAAUCGAAAAUCUGUAGAAAAUGGAAGCAACCCUCAGAUGGCGCGGAAACAACAGUUGACUUUGCACAGAAGUCUUAGUGCUGAGUCUGCAGCUAUGGGAUCGGGAAAUUCGUCACCUCCUAGCAGCGAUGGGAUUUCUAUUCCGGACCAUUUGAACCAACCUAGGAGGAGGGACUCCGGGAACUGGAGUGGGGAUCGCAAUAGCGCUAGCUCUGCAUCUUCAACCACUCUCGAUAACCCUUACCUAUACAUGGUUGGCAAACGUAACGGAGUUCCACAGAGCCCAACUAGAAAUGGGAGUCAUCCUUAUGAUCCAGGCUAUGAUUCCUUCUCGUUGUCAUCGACAGACUCUUACCCUCCAAAACAACAUAAUCAACAGCUCGCGAAAAUUCCAGAAUCUGUGGUGCUCACUGGAGAUUGUGAACGAUUAUGUCAAGAGGCUGAUCAACUUUUAGAGAAAUCCAGGAUGACUGAGGAAGUGCAUGAUCUGGAGACAGCUUUGGUUCUAUGCAAUGCCGCUGCAGGAAAAGCUCGCGCCGCAAUGGAUGCACCCUACAGCAAUCCGCAUACAAUGACGUUCGCACGAAUGAAACAUAAUACUUGCAUCAUGAGGGCAAGAAGCCUUCAUCGCAGAAUCCUGGUGGAGAAAGGAACUGAUGUGGAUCCAGGUUAUAUUUCUGAAAUACGGCACACUCGUGAAGGAAGUAACAGCAGCGUCAAGCACAAUCGACAGAACAGUAAGGAUAAAACGUUGGACAAACCUGUUACGAAAAAUAUUGAAAUAUACGCCACUCUUCCGAAAAAGAAGGGAAACCUUAAACCCAUGGAAGAUGACAAUAUCAUUGAGUAUGAAACUAAGCCAGAACGGGAGAGUCGCAGCAUUUUCAACAGAGGCAAACGGGAUGAUAAGGAAAAACGAAGCAGAAGUGAAGAUCGCAAUAAGAUUUCACGAGAGCUGACAGUCGCUGAACCUCUUCUGGCUAAUGCCAAGGAUACUUUGAAGAAACACAAAGAGGACAAGGAUGAGAAGAAAGAGAAGGAGAAAUCAGGGAAGAAGCAGCACAAGAUAAGACGGAAGCUGCUAAUGGGAGGACUUAUUCGUAGGAAAAAUCGUUCCAUGCCGGAUUUAACUGAAGGGAACGCAGCGGAGAAGCCUAAGGAGCAACCAGUCCCCGCGGUGUCAGUUGAUGACAGUGCAGUCGGGGUCGGUGACAUGAAAAAUAGCAUGAGCGGAUAUUUAUCUGAAGGACAUUUAGAGUACAGAGAAUCUAACACAAAUCCAAAUCUGGAGCGAAGCCGCUUAAUGAGAAAGAGCUUCCAUGGAAGCGGAAAGCAAUUGGCUGUUAUGGCAAAAGUGCCACCACCUCCUCCACUGCGCACCAGCUCAGCGCUCACGCAACAACACCUUCAACAGCAGCAGGAGGCUCUAUUUCCACAGCAACCAUUCCAUCAGGCUAACUUAUCUAAUAUUUCUACAAUGAGCUCAAACACCAGCAUAAGUGAGGAUUCGUGCCAAACCAUUAUCACGACCUGUGCUCAAGUCCACCAGGAGCAGAGUCCAGUGAAGCCUGAUCGCUUUGUUAACGUCAAUGGCCCUGGAAGCUUCAACGAUGGAGUUGAUGAAGUGGAUUCCAGAUAUGACUCUAAUUUGGAACUUCCACCGUACCCUAGCCCGCCUUCAUCAUGCAGCCAUUCACGGCAGGCAAGUGAAGAUUUUCCACCGCCACCGCCAUCAAUUGAUCUGGAACCUUUGAAUGAGCAAAUCAAUCAAAUCCAAGCAUUAGAAGCGAAUCGGUCGAAAAUGGCAAACAAUAUGGAAGGUACCACGAGUAUUUUAGCUCAGCUUCAACAACGGCAACAGUUUGCGAAAAUGCAACAAAAUCAACAGCAGCUGACAAGCUCAAAUGAGUCCUGGCUUAAGGAAUUGCAGAAUCGUCAAUUUGAUCUCAGAAAUAAAAAGCAAGAGGAUGCAAGCAAAGCAGUCGGGAAUGGAGGAAGUGUGCGGGAUAUCGCUAGUCGAUUCGAAAGCACCAAGCCUGUGGUUAGUCCUAUCCAGCAAGCGUAUAUCUCACAGGACACCCUGAGUAAACCACAAAUCCGCACUACAAUGAGUGGACUUCCAAGUGCAGCUUCUCAGAAAUCCCAGCCACAAGAUGUCGAUGAAGUGGAUUGUCCCAUUCGGAAAUAUCCACAACAACCGCAACUUCCUUGCCAACAACAAGCGCAGGUCCUGGGCAAACCCCGAUAUGAUAUCGCCGAGAGUCAAAUAGCAGAAGAAUUGCGAGAAGUUGAAAUGCUUAAUGCAGUUGUUCAGCAAACUUUGAAUAAUUCCAAUGGGAAACGUACGAAAAAGAAAAGUGUUUCGUUCUGCGAUCAAGUGAUUCUUGUGGCAACAGCGGAUGAGGAAGAAGACGAUGGUUUCAUUCCUAAUCCAAUUCUGGAACGAGUCCUUCGAACAGCAGCUGUUGGUGAAGGUGACCGUAAAAUCAGUGCACCUCAGUUCACACAACAGCAACAGCAGAACGUUUUACGGUUACAGAGUGAAGCGACUCCCAGAAAUACAGGACCUCAGAAUCCUUUAGCACAGGCUCAGCUCCCGCAAAAUCCUCUGGCGCAGAAUCCGCUUGCUCAGAGCUCAAUGCCGCAGAACCCAUUGGCGCAGAAACAACCUCUCGCUGCUGAAAUGCAACGAUAUCUCCAAUACAGGCAACAACAGCAACAACAACAGCAACAGCAGCAACAAAUCAACUAUCAGCAAUACUCUCAGCAAUCACCCUCUUCUCAACCUCAACAGCAAUAUCAGGACUUCGGACCUCAGUAUCCAAACCAAAUUCGUUCACAGAUCUACACACCCGUGCAGGACAUUUUUAAAGUACAAAAUGUGCCAGGAGCAUCGAAUAGUGGAGUCACAACUGGUGGCGGAAUGAACAGUACUAACAACGCUAACAACCAUGUUUCUAAUCUGCAUCAACAGCAAUAUCCGCCACCAAGAACAAGCAUGAAUGGGCUCGCAGGUGUUGCGAAUGGCCAACAUCUGCAGAUGAAUCAUCAGCAACAACAGGAGAAUGGAUUGGUUGGACAGCAACAUCAACAGCAGGUUCCGAUGCAGGCACAAACCUAUUACACGGCCAACCGGGCGCAAAUGCCACUUUCCAAUCAGAGCUACUUGGUGUCGAGGCAAAUGGUCCAGAAGCAUCAACAACUGCAGCAGCAGAACCAGCAGCAGAAUAUGUUCCCAAUGCCAAAUGGGUACAACAUCCAGAACGGGUAUCCAUAUCCAGGUGAGGACAAAGCAGCAACCCUGCCCACGUCGUCACCAUAUCAACGGGUUCCCAUGCCUCAUGGCUUCAGCAACACUCUGGAUCAGGCACCUAAAGCCCAACAACCCCAAUACAACUCGUCGCCAUAUUACCCACCCCCCAUGAAAGCUCCCGGACAAAAGAAAGUGAGCUUCGAGCCCGGUACAAAAGGGGAUAGCCAGUGCUCUACACCGACCCCGCUGCAGCAACCAAACGACAAACUGGACCCUAAUGGCACGAUAAACGUAACAGCGAUCCCCACCCGCGUCUACAACAACGCCAUUGUUAAGGCUUCUGCCAAAGCUGUCGAGUGCAAUCUAUGCCGGAAAAGGCAUGUUAUAGCCCCCGCCAUCUACUGCACCAACUGCGAGUACUAUCUCUCGAUGUUGAACAAUCGGAGAUAGCUUGGCUAGGGAGGCUUCCUCCUGAACAUUGAUCCAUGAUUUGCCGUGAAGGAGCGCAAGGUUGCAGGAUGACCCUCGCGCGGACCUCGACAGCAAAUCGUCUCUUCAAAUAAGGUGCCAAAACUGUAUAUUAUUCAGACAAUCUUCUCAAUUCCCUCCAUUGGUUGUCCAUCGCGGUAGAUGGACAACCCCCAGACAAUAAUAUGCUAGCGACUAUGUUCAAAUCGAUUUUCAUCCCUAAGACACUAUCCUAGACAGUAGAAAUUAGGUUAGACCUACGGUAAGUAUUCUCAUCUAUUCUUCCACGGAUCUGCUGAGUAUCCGAAGCUACAUUUUGUUGUAUUUUAUUCUUAAACAAACUAAAAAUAUUGUGAUAUUUACAAUAUUCAAAAUAAUGCAGUUUAUAUUGCAGCCUUUCAUGCAUUUUCUACUCCUCCUACUUUUUAUUGUUUUUUUUACGUAGGUUAAGUCUGAACGUUCUCCACGAAUGUCCAUACAAAUAUUAUUUUUCCGAUAUUUUCAGAGAUUCGGACUUUAUAAUGUUUUUCCAGAAAAAAAGAUAAACAUGAAUAGCAUCAAAAAAUAAAACAGAUGACAUAUCGUACUUUUAACAGAAUACAAAAUAAAGAUUACUUUUUCAUUUCAGAUAAAAAAAAAA